CGCGCGCGCUCUCGCGUUUCUAGGCGUUGGCAGCGUUCCCUAAGUCCUGGCUCUUCUCAAGGCUCCACCCCGUGGUGUGUCACCGCUCGUUUCCGGGGUUCCCGGGUCGAGAGAGUUCGGCGUUGGCUGCGCGCGCAAGGGCUGCCCAGCCUGGUCCCCGCCCCCAGUCACGCCCGGCUCCUAGUGCACCACAACAUGUGCUCGUUAGCGUCGGGCGCUACCGGCGGCCGGGGCGCUGUGGAGGAUCAGGAGGACCUGCCCGAGCUGUCGGACAGCGGUGACGAGGCCGCCUGGGAGGAUGAGGACGAUGCUGAUCUCCCCCACGACAAGCAGCAGACCCCCUGCCUGUUCUGUGACAGGUUAUUCACAUCUGCUGAAGAAACAUUUUCACAUUGUAAGUCUGAACAUCAAUUUAAUAUUGAUGACAUGGUCCAUAAACAUGGACUUGAAUUUUAUGGAUAUGUUAAGCUAAUAAAUUUUAUUAGACUUAAGAACCCUACAGUUGAGUAUAUGAAUUCCAUACAUAUCCCAGUGCCUUGGGAGAAAGAAGAAUAUUUGAAGCCAGUAUUAGAAGAUGAUCUUUUACUUCAAUUUGAUAUAGAAGAUCUUUAUGAGCCAAUGUCAGUCUCAUUUUCGUAUCCUAAUGGACUCAGUGAAAAUACAUCUGUUGUUGAAAAACUGAAACACAUGGAAGCCAGGGCAGUGUCUGCUGAAGCUUCAUUAGCUAGAGCGCAAGAAGAUCUGCAAAGAAUGAAACAAUUUGCUCAGGAUUUUGUGAUGAACGCAGAUGUCAGAACCUGCUCGUCAUCUACUGCUGCCAUUGCGGACCUCCAGGAGGAUGAGGAUGGUGUUUAUUUCAGCUCAUACGGGCAUUAUGGGAUACAUGAAGAAAUGCUAAAGGACAAAGUACGAACAGAAAGUUACCGAGAUUUUAUAUACCAAAAUCCACAUAUCUUCAAAGACAAGGUUGUUUUGGAUGUUGGUUGUGGAACUGGAAUUCUCUCUAUGUUUGCUGCUAAAGCUGGUGCAAAGAAAGUUCUUGGAGUUGAUCAAUCAGAAAUACUUUACCAGGCAAUGGAUAUCAUAAGACUAAAUAAACUUGAAGAUAUUAUUAUACUAAUUAAAGGAAAGAUUGAAGAAGUUCAUCUUCCUGUAGAAAAAGUGGAUGUUAUUAUAUCUGAAUGGAUGGGUUAUUUUCUUCUUUUUGAAUCAAUGUUAGAUUCUGUCCUUUAUGCAAAGAACAAAUACUUGGCAAAAGGAGGUUCAGUGUACCCUGACAUUUGCACCAUCAGCCUUGUGGCAGUGAGUGAUAUGAAUAAACAUGCUGAUAGAAUUGCCUUUUGGGAUGAUGUCUAUGGCUUCAACAUGUCCUGCAUGAAGAAAGCAGUUAUUCCAGAAGCUGUUGUGGAAGUUGUAGAUUCAAAGACUCUGAUUUCAGACCCUUGUGGUAUUAAGCGCAUAGAUUGCCAUACAACUUCUAUCUCAGAUUUGGAGUUUUCUUCAGAUUUUACCCUGAAAAUCACAAAGACAUCCAUAUGCACGGCAAUUGCUGGUUACUUUGAUAUAUAUUUUGAGAGGAAUUGCCGAAAUAGGGUCAUGUUCUCUACGGGUCCCCAGAGAACCAAAACACACUGGAAACAAACGAUAUUUCUACUGGAAAAGCCAUUUUCAGUUAAAGCAGGUGAAACCUUGAAAGGAAAGAUUGCAGUUCAGAAGAAUAAGAAAGAUCCACGUUCCCUUAUUGUGAACCUCACAUUGAAUAAUUCAACUCAAACUUACGGUCUCCAGUGAAAAAGCCACCAAAGCACAACUGACUUGCAGUUUUUUAGUGGGGGUUGGAGGUGGGUGGGGGUGGGGGGAUAGGAUUCUAGGGAGGGUGAUUUUAUAUAAGUGCAAGAACAAUGGAUCCUUUGCUCAAGAGUCUCCUUAGUAAGGGGAAAACAUGGCAGAAAUCUGGUAGAAUUCCACUAAGGAAGGGUAUCAACUGAUCCUAGAGGUCUGCCUAUUAAUCAAAUAGGUCUGGUUACCAAAUUUAACCAAGCACAACCCCUCCAUUGUGUUUAGCUGUAUUGAAAACUCAUUUGAAUUGGCCUAGAUUGGGAACACAUACAGUCUUUUGUUUUUAAUAAGUUUCUUACUAUAAAUUUUAAACAAUAAUAAUUGAUUAGCUAUUUGGCUAAAGUUUUAUUAAAUUAGUAACCAUACACAAGGCAUUGUUCAUUUUAUUGUAGAUUCCUCUCUGAGGAAGAGUAGUUUUUAAUUUGUAUUAUUUGCCUGAAUAUCAGUGUAUGGUAGAUUUAAAACAGCAUAAGGGACUAAAAUAUGGAAAAGACAGCAUCAACUUCCUCAUAUAAGUCAUGUUUGAAGACAGCUUAAUUGACCCUGUCUGGUGUAUCUUUAGUUCUCACUUUGUAGCUUUUUCCCCUCUGCAAAUAUUCUUGAGUGAGGUAGUUUUCUAGUACUGCCCAGGAAAUCUAAUUUCAAUACAUGUAUCCUAUGUUUCAUAAAAUUUUUUAAAGAUCUAGAUAAAUAUGUGCUUAUAUAAUAUCUUUUUCAAACUGAAUUUAUGUGCAAAGGUUAAAGACAACUGUUAAUAUACUUAUAUAACUAUAAAACUAUGUCACAAUUACUGACUCACUAUAAAAUGCAGAAUGAAAAACAUUCAAUAAAAUGCGAAACAACCAUUGGUGUUACAAAAUGAUGUUUCAAUAUAUUAAUAAGCCUUUUGUAAAAUCAGAAGCAUUUAACAAAUCUUAUAAAGGAAUCUUUUUAAGAAAGAAUUUUAAGGAGAGGUGGAUCACAGGCCUCUUUAAAGUUCAGCAGCUGGUUCUUUGUCAAGACAAAACAUACACAAGGCAGCACAGCACACCAUUGAGAAGCAUGAACUCUGGGGUCAGUGCCUACAUGCACACCCCACUUCCACCUCUUACUUGCUGUAGAUCUCAGUCACGUUCAUUAAUGCGGUAUGCCAGUUCAUACCACAAUGCAUUUCAAGUACUUGGAACAGUGCCUGGCACACAGAAAACAACAAAUGUAGGUGGCAGUAACAUCGUCGUACAUUCAAAGACGCCUUCCAAAGAAUAUGUGGCAGCUACAUUAUAGCGGAUUCGCAAAUCAGUUUGAGAAUUGUCAACCUUCACAUAGUAAUUACUACCUUAGUAUAUGGAUGGGUGAGAUGAUUACAAAGGAAAUUAAUACUUAAAAUUGCAAAAUCUGUAUCAAAAAGAAAUAAUCCUUUUGGUCUUUAUUAGAAAAAUGGACUUUUAGUAAUAGGAAAAAUAACCCCUUCAAAUGAUGUAUUGAGACCACUUGUUUUCACCAUGGAUUUGAAUUCAUACUGUUAUUGGAAAUGAGUGACACUGAUAUUACAGCUCAAAGUACUUUAAAUUUUGUCUUGAAAGGCUUCAUGUACAAAUUUGAAUAGGUUAGAGUGAUUAAAUAAGGAGGCCCAG